AGGACGAGGCGGAGGCGGCGAGGCGGCGCCGGCGAGAGGAGAAGGAGGCCGCCGAGGCCGAGAGGAAGAGGCGGUCGGCCACGCGCAGAGCGGGGCAGGGGGAGGGGAGCGCAAGAGGAGGGAGAAGCAGGAGAAGCUGGAGGCCAAGGACCGCCGCAAGCGCGAGUACGAGGAGAGGCAGCAGCAGCUGCAGAAGAAGAAGGAGGCGCCGCCAGAGGGCGAGGCCGAGCCCACGCAGGCGGCGCCGGGCGAAGCCGAGCCCACGAAGGCGUCGCCGUCGCCGUCGCCCAGCCCGUCGGACGACGAGGGCAAGGCGAAGCCCAAGCCGAGGGCGGCGGCCGCCGAGGGGGGCGGGGACGCCGCCCCAGUGGACCGGGAGAUGUUCGGCACCAACCGCCCGGCGGACGCCCGGCUCGAGGCGGAAGAGACAGGGACAGAGACAAGGACCGACAAAGAGAAGGAUGCCGCGGAGGAUGGCCGCGACAGGCGUGAGAAGCCCGCCCCGGUGGCGCUCGCCGUCUCGGAGAACUCGUUCGCGGCGCGGGCGCGGGCGCGCCGCGCCCAGGCGGCCGAGGGCGCCCAGGAGGACGAGACCACGAUGGUGGAGCGCUCGCUCAAGAGUCUGCUAAACAAGCUGACGUUGGAGAAGUUCACCGACAUCUCCACGCAGCUUCUCGCAGUUCCCAUGAAUUCCACACAUCACGUCGAGAUCCUGAUCAAGGA